AACAAGGAAUUUUGGGCAGGGCGAAGUCCACAAAUUCCAAUCUGAAAGCUGGAGGCAUUUCUUGUUUCUUGUUUCAGAUCGCAACAACUUUAAAUAUCGUCUGCUCAGUUUUUGAUCGUUAAAUAAAAAAAUGUCUGCUGUCCAAGCUGAAGAAGCACCUGCUACAAAUCCUGCACCUCCUGCAGCAGAGAAAGGCAAACCUACAGUUCAUAAAACAGAUUAUGAAAAAGAUGUAGUUUAUCUCUACCAAUUUACCCGAUGCCCAACUUUGCCGUCGGCGUCUCCUUUUUGCCUGAAGGUAGAAACAUGGCUGAGAAUGACCGAAGUUAAAUAUAUGAAUGUGGACCAUAAGAUGAAAUACAAGUCCAAGAAGGGUCAGUUACCUUUUGUAGAAAUAAAUGGAGUUGAAAUUGCAGACUCUGAUAUUAUUAUCAAAGAGCUGAGCCAAAUUUUUGGAAAAGAUUUGGAUGAAAAUCUUACUCUGGAUCAGAGAAAUGUCAGCCAUGCAUUUGUAUCCAUGCUUAACAACCACACAAGUUGGGUGAUGAGAUGGUGGCGUUAUAGUCACCCUGGUGAAUUUCUGAAAGCUGCUCAAAUGGAUAUCAAGCGCACUUUGAAUUCUAAGCUUCCUAAAGGACUGCUACAGUUUUUCUUCAAGUUGGGAUUUAAAAGCAAUAUAAAACGUGCAAUUGGCCAUGGAGUAGGUCGUCAUAAUUCUGAUGAAAUCUAUGAAUUUGGGAAGAAAGACUUAAAAGCUCUGAGUGAAUAUCUUGCUGAAAAACCAUACUUUUUUGGUGAUGAGCCUCAUCUGCUUGACUGUGUUGCAUUUGCCCAUCUUUGCCAGUUCGUGUAUGUGCCAUUUGGUGGCAUGAAGGAGUAUCUUGAAUCAGAUUGCACAAAUCUCCUGUCUUUUGUUGAGCGAAUGAAGGAGAGGUACUGGCCUGAUUGGGAUGAGAUGUGCAAGACCUUGGAACUCAAUACACAUCUUCCCAAGAAGGUGGAGGAACCAGCAAAGGAGGAAAACAAUAAGGCAGCCGAAAAGAAGGAAGGCAAAGAAGCUGAAGAAGCAGCUAAUGAGAAAAACGAGAAAGAAGAGAAGCAGGAAAAGACUGAUGAGAAGAUUGAAACCAAGGAAGAAGAAAAAUCAGAAAAACCAAAGGAGGAGAAUAAUGAAGCAAAGGAGUGAAUAUGAUCCUCACCCCCACCUAUUUUAGAAAUUUUUUUAACUGGAGUUAAUACUCCUCUCAGUCAAAGCUUUAAGUGGAUCAGUGUUGUGUUGUGCUUGUUCCAAAAAAAAAAAUAAUCGCAGCUAUUCUGUUGUUGUAGCUCAUAAUAUUAUAACUAAGCCUAAUUUUUUCUUCCAUUCCAUUUUUUGAAGUUUUAACUGGAAAUCUCUUAUCCCCCAUUUUUUUUUAAUAAGUGUAUUUUUUUUAUAUACUUUUAGAUAUACUUGGCGAGCUCAACGUUAGUUUAAAAACCAGCACACGAAAGUUCUGUGAACUUCUGGCAGCUCUUGGCGUUUGCUCAAAUUUUUAAUGUUAGGAAUUCUUUUUAUUCCUACCGUUAAUGUUUUUAUUACACUAGUCUUGCAUUUCCAUCAGUGGUUGCAUACAUUUUGUAUGCAUUCGAUUCAGUAUUUUUUUUUAAACUGAAAAGGAUUUGAUUUUUUUUAUCUGACCUACUUAAUGAUUAUAUAAGCUUUAUCUUUUUUUAAUUUUAUGUGCCCCUUUUGGGCUUUUACUUUUUCUGUUUUUUACAUGUAUUAAAUAUAUACCAAAUGAAUUUUUGAUUUUUUUUAAUAAAAAAAAUCAUCAAAAGCAAUGUAUUAAGUGAUAUUUUUUUUCUCCUAUUGAUAUGUAUCAUCCCUUUUUUUAUCCAUGAUCAUUUUUCAUUCAUGCGCCCUGAACGUGGGCUGCCAAGGAACCAUUUUCUUACGUUGCAUAACUCGUAACAUGUAUACGAUAUUUCAUAUCAAUUUUAAUGCAGAUUAUACCUUUUACUGUGCAUAUAUAUGUCUGGCUUUUUGCACUAAAUUUGUGAAUUGUGUCUUGUGUAUUACCAACAGCAUUUUACUAUUGUAUACCUUUGUAUCUUGUAUUAAUUGUUAAUAAAUGAAGCUUUACUGUGUA